AUGCGUGAGCUACCGAUGAGAACUGCAAAGCCGGUUGCUAAAACUUCUGAAUUGAGCAGCACUCUCGAAGGGCUUCAAAUUGAUAAAUCUUACGUUUUUUCGGUUGCUGCAAGAAACUCGAUUGGCCAAUCGGAAUUUGUCGAAACCAAACCAGUUUCUACAAAGCUCGCAUUUGGAGCUCCAUCUUCUCCUAAGAACGUGCGCGCUAAACUCACUCCAGAAAAGGGACUUCCAGCAGAUCAACUGGUUGAGCUGUCAUGGGUCCAGCCUAUUGAGGUUUCCAGUACACAAGAAUCGAAGCCGCAAUUUUUAGUAGAGAUGAAACAAGAGGGCACUGAUCGAUGGAUCCCUGUAUCAUUGGCUGCUCCUAUCACUGAUACGAACAUAAAUGUUCCACUUGAGAUGAUGGCUGAAGGUGCAAACUACCAAUUUCGUGUAGCUGCUAAAAAUAUUGCCGGUAUUAGCCCGUUUUCGACGCCAUCACCACGCUUCCAAAAACCUUUCGAUGUGGCCUUUACAAAGGAGCUGACCGAUGCUCAUCUUGAAAAACUCCCCAAUGAUGCUCUUUUUGAAUGUGAAGUGUCAAAGCCUGGAAUGACCCUUCUAUGGUUCAAGAACGGUGUGGAAAUCCAACCAGAUUACCGAUUUAUCUACGAGAUUGUUGGUGAAGGACCUCUAGCCAAUAUGGUUCACCGUCUAAAGGUGCUGAAUGUUGGACCAGGUGACCAAGGUGUCUAUACGGCUCAGCUGAUCAAUGGAUUAACUAGCGCGUCACAGUUAACAGUACAUAGUCCACCAAAAAUUAAUUAUGAAGGAAGGGAAUUGCUAACUAUUGCGUCUGAAAAGAGUACAAUCGUUGAGGUACCAUUUUCAGGAGCUCCAGCCCCCAAAGUCAAUUGGUCUUUCAAUGGUGGCAAAUUGCCCCUUGGAAAGAACGUUGAUAAGCCAAUGGCCUCGAUCCAAACUGUGUAUGGUCUCACUUCUCUGCAGCUGCGUCGUGUUGAUCACACCGUUGAGGGUUGCUAUCUAGUCCAGGUGAGUAAUGAAUUUGGAAAAGCCGAUCUUGAACUGAAAGUCCAAGUACUGGAUGUUCCACAACCAGUGGAAAACUUAAGAGCCGAGAUGAUAAAGGGUGAACCAAUGUCUGCCAUGGUCACAUGGGAACCACCAAAGAAAGACGGUGGAAUGCCAAUUACAGACUAUAUACUGGAAAAACGUGAGGGAUCCAAGAGAACAUGGACUCCUGUCGGUAAUCCUUCGAUGGAAAUUAGUCGAAAAGUGACCGACUUGAAACCUGGACAGUCGUAUUUCUUCCGCGUGUUAGCUCAAAAUGCCAACGGCUGGUCGGAUCCCGCGGAGAUGGAUCUUCCACUUCGCGUUAAAGCUGCUUCAAACCCUCCAAACACUCCGAAUGCACCCAAAGUUGAGGACGUAACUUCAACGUCUUGCAAGCUCACGAUUGAACCUCCAACGUUUGACGGUGGUGCGCCAAUCACCUUCUAUCACUUGGAAAAGAGAGCCAAUCGAAAAGAGAAUUGGGUCCGCGCUACCAAUAGCAAAUUACCCGUGUCUGAUCCGGCUAAACCUCACACUGUUUCAUUGACUGACCUCAUUCCCGAUAACGUUUAUGAAUUUCGUGUUGCUGCUGAGAACGCAGAUGCGCUGACAAGCGACUUUUCCAUUCCAAGUUCUCGCAUUUCUACCAAACCACCGUUCAAUGCUCCAGGUCGCCCUUCGAAACCAGAGGUGACGAUUGCAACAGAGAACAGUGCCACAAUCACCUGGAAUCCGCCUCAUGAUGACGGUGGCGAUAAAGUUAAGCGUUAUGUCGUUCAGUACAAGGCCACCGAUGGAACUCACUGGGCUACCUGCGAGGAAGAACCUAUUGACUGUCUGAUGACUAUCACCAAGCUUCAACCCGACUCAGAGUAUGAGUUUCGCGUGGCUGCAGUCAAUUCUGUUGGUGCUGGAGAGUUCUCUCAUCCCUCCCAGCCAUAUACACCAGAGAAAGCUAUUGAAUCGGCAAAACCCUCCAUUUUGCAUCCACUGGAAAACGUAACCAUAUCUGUUAGCACACCGCUCGAACUCAAGUGCGACUUCAAGCUGGGUGAACCCAGGGCCAAGAUUGCCUGGUUCAAAGACGACAAACCAGUGCGCAAAUUUACCACCAGCUCGCCUACCGAACGUCACGCCACUUUGAAGACAAAUCGUGCUCAAUUGGAAGAUGCUGGCAUUUUCACUUGCAGAGCUGAAAACGCUGCUGGAUCUAUCAGUACAACUUGUCGCGUCACAGUGAUUCAUAAACCAUCAGUUAAAUUGGAACAUCCCCGCGGUUCCUCUGAAAAGGUCAAUGGUCGCAUCAGUGAUGGGAAAUUGACUGGUAGUGCUCAAGGCCGACUGGUUGUUGAGGCUCUCUGUGAGGCCGUUCCAGCGUGUGAAGAGCUAAUGUGGUUGCAUAAUGGACAGCCACUUGAAGAGACACAUCGUCGAUUGAUUGAACGCGGACUUGGUGACGUUCAUCCCAAGGAAAGACCUAUCAGUCCCAUGAGAACGCGUGAACGCUUAGUAAUUAGUGCCCUUGAACAUUCCGACACUGGUGUUUACCGUGUUGAGGCUAAAGGUCCUGCUGGACGAGCAGACGCUGCGUUCACUCUAGUGGUUAUCGAUAAACCUCAACCACCAGCCUCAAUAAACGUCAUGAAGACACGUGAGACGGAUUCAUGCUUCAUCCAGUGGCACCGUCCAAUUUCGGACGGGGGAUCUAAGCUUAAACAAUACGUCGUUGAGAGUCUAACUGUAGCCACGGACAGGACGGAGGCUGCUCCAAUGCUCGACACUAAUUGGACAAUAAUAGGAAAGACUUUGCCGUCUGAACUUGAAUUCAAGGCCCGGAAUCUUAAACCGGGUAUCCUUUAUGCGUUCCGCGUUUCGGCUGAAAAUGAAGUCGGUCGCAGUGAACCGAUUGAAAUUGACACGCCUAUCGUUCUCCAAAGUCAACUUCAACUUCCUAGUGAGCCCAUCAAUGUAGUGGCCACAAGAGGUGGUGAUCGUGAAGCCACGGUGAAAUGGGAGCCUCCAGAAUCUCCCGACAAGCGGGAUCUCAUCGGAUACGUUGUUGAGGCAAGAGAGUCAUCAGAUAUCAAGAGCAGCCCACCGAAUCGUUGGACUCGUAUUGGUCCCUCGACAGUGAGGGAUGCCACUAAGUUGCGUUUAACUGACCUCAAUCCUAGUAUGGACAUUCAGUUCCGGGUACUUACUCGCACUCAUGCUGGGCUGAGUGAGCCAUCCGAACCGACUGAGUGGCUUAUCAAACCGGAACCAAAAACAAGCUACGAAAGGACCUCUCCGACCCAGGUGCACAAAGUUGACGGUUCAUCGAAGGAUAUCACUGAUAUGACAUCAGAAGAUCGGCGGCCAAAAGAUAUUGUCGAGCAAGUUCGUGAAUUCAGAGAGGCUAUAAAGCCAAAGGCACCUUCAACCAAUGAGCCCCCAAAAAUUGAGAUCACCGCAGAUAAGUUGUUUAAAUGUCGCGAGGGGACAAAUCUACGGGUUCCAUUAUCUGUCAAGAGCCCUGUACAGGCAUCAGUAGAACUAGAAUUGGAGAGUGGACGCCCACUGAGUAACGAAGCCUCACUUCGUAGUCUUGUCGAACAAUACGGCGACUCAUACUAUGUCAACUUGAAGAAUCUGGCUCUAACUGAUACUGGUCACUACCGCAUCAAAGCCACAAACGUGGUGGGAAGUUCACAUGCACCCUUUGAGCUUGUUGUCAUAGCUCCACCACAAACACCCAGAGGUCCAAUUGAAGUUCGAGAAAUCAAGCUCGCCAAGGGUAUCUAUGAUGGAAAUACCGUAGAAGUCUCCUGGAAAGUUCCCGCGCUCAGGGAAGGCGAAACUCUUGAAACUGCAGUCAUUGGAUACGUAAUUGAAAGGAAGGAUGGGAAGAGAAAGGACUUUGGUCGCCCUAUCAAGGUACAGGGACCAAAUACUUGCACAGCUGUCGUCGAAGAUCUUCAGCCUGGUGUGGAAUAUGGCUUUAAGGUGUGCGCUUUUAAUUCUGCCGGCAUGAGCGAACCCCUCUACUCCGGUCCAGUUACAAUUAAAAGUCCAUUUGAUGUUCCUGGUACUUGCAAAGGGCCACUUAAAUGCACUGACAAGUCGGCGACAUCGUUGGUGCUUAAUUGGCAACCACCAGAGAAGAAUGGGGGUCUUCCCAUUAAGAAAUAUCAUAUUGAACGGAAUGAAGUAGGUUCGUCUGAUGGCUGGCAACCUUUGGCCAUCGUGAUGGCACCAACAACUAGCUGCCCUGUAAGUGAUCUCCGGGAGGGUAUCCCAUACCGGUUUCGAGUUCGUGCCAUUAAUGACCAAGGCAACGGUGAAUGGUUGAAUACUGAAUCAUCCAUUUCCCUCAAUCGCCCAAUCGGACCACCCUCCGAGCCAGAAAAACCUCUGCGAGUGACACCUGUGGAUGAUACCUCUGCCAAUCUUUCUUGGAGAUCUCCUCAUGACGAUGGAGGAUCCCCGGUAACAGGUUAUAUUGUCGAAGCUAGCCGCGAAAGCACCGACCAGUGGGAGAAUUUGGGUGUUAUCAAAGACACAGCCUUUAAAGUAACUAAACUGAUUCCAGACGACACCUACACCUUUCGCGUCUCUGCCCUCAAUGAAGCUGGUAAGACCGGUGAACCGCUUUACUCAGUGCCAUACAGACCAAGUGCACCUCCCACUGCUCCAGGAAAACCCGCAGCUCCUAUUAUUUCGCAUCCUCUUGAGGCGGGUCAAAUGGUCUUGGAUUGGGGUCCCUCUCCUUUCGGCGGAACCUCGGGCUACGGGCCUCCGUCAGAGUACCACAUAGAACGCUGGGAGCCUAUGAAGGAUAGAUGGGUUCAUGUCGCUAGAAAACCGGCAACUGAUGGCACGACAGUCCUCGUCACUGGUCUAAGACCAGGAGAGAGUUAUAAAUUCCGAGUAUUUGCUGAAAACACCGCCGGUAUAAGUGAACCGUUAGAAAUGGAUAAACCCGUUCUUGCGGUUAGUCCCUACAGUCCUCCCUCUGCGCCUGUCGGACCGAUGCAUAUAUCUGAAGUACAAAAAGGCGAGUCUGCAGCUGAUGGAUCUGCUCGUUUGUCCUGGCAAGAGCCAACCGAUGAUGGUGGAAUUCCACUAACAGGAUACAUUGUUCAAAUGCGUUAUGCGAAUACCACAGCGUGGCAUAAAGUCGUGCACCUACAUGAGCCUACGGUUGAUGAGGAUACUGAUGUAAUUCUUCCGACGACUACACCAGUGAUAGGACUUAAGCGCUCGAACGGAUACUAUUUCCGCGUUGCUGCGAUUAAUCGGGCUGGCACCGGACCCUUUUUGGAAUCUGAGUUGUUUGAAAUGCCCGAAGAUGAAAGUUGUAGGCCAAAAGCUGAAUGGAUCAGAGUUGUUGGUAAAGGAUCAGACAGUGUCACCGUCGAAUGGCUUGUUCCGCAUGAUUGCAGAAAGGAUCAUGGUCCCCACAUACCGCAUCAUUUGGCUCUUGAUGGGUUCAGAGUGUAUGUAAAGGCAGCAGAAAUCCCUAACGCUGAAUGGAAAGCUGUUGCUGACCUUGACCACUACAUGAAUCGCCUUGUUGUGGGUGGAUUAAGUCCCGACAAAAGAUAUUACUUCGGUGUUGCAGCCGUCAAUCAACUAGGUCCUGGCGAGAUUGUCUCCACCACAGAACCUGUUUCUCCGGAAGCCGUUACUACUGUUCCUGGGCAGCCUAUUGGACCACUUGUGGUCUCUGAUAUCACUCAAGACAGUUGUGUGCUCAGUUGGAAAGCACCGUACAGCGAUGGAGGCACUCCUAUUACCGGAUACACUAUAUUCAAGCGCGAGAUGUUCCGUAGGAGUAAUCAAGAAGUUGGACGUAUUCCUGUUGUUCCUGGUAGUCUUCAACGAGCGUUUGAGUUUAAGGUCCCCUACUUAAUGGAGGGAACUUCUUAUGAAUUCCAAGUGGUAGCUGAAAACAAAAAUGGUUUCUCUGAACCGCUUGUCACUGCUGCCGACGUUCAUCCACGCAAAAUGACAGAACCACCGGGAGCACCUAGAGGACCACUGUACGUUCGUGAUCACGAUAUUGGCCAAGUUGAAUUGGCUUGGGGACCGCCCGUGAACACAGGCGAUCUACCAAUAAAGGGAUACAAAUUAGAGUUGCGAGAGGGGCGAAGCUUUACUUGGAGAACCUAUCCUAACGAGGAAAGUAUGGUUUCUAAUCAGCCCGAAGAGCUCGCCAAUCCUUCAGUAGUUGUAUCCGGGAUCAAGCCGAAUAAGGAAUACUUCUUCCGGGUUUCGGCUAUUAAUAGUGAUGGGUGUGGACCUCCUCUUACUGCAGCUGACAGCUAUGUGAAAAGAGUACGGCUGGAACCACCGAAGCGUGUCACCGCCAAGCUAGCCUCACCCUCUGAGUCAGGUCCUGGGAAAGUAGAGGUCACAUGGAUAUCACCAGAUGUUCCAACCUUGAGCGGCUUCACUGUUGAAAUGAUGGACACCGAAGAUGUUCGGUCGGAGUGGGUACCGAUGGACUUCAUUCCUAAAAUGCCAAAUGAAUCAGGAAACACUGCUUAUACGUAUAGAGCAACAGCUCCACGACCUAAGUCUGUCUACAAAUUCCGAGUCAAUGCGGUCUACCCUGAAAGCAAGAGCGACUGGAUCGAAACGAACUUCGUUCUGGCAUCUGAGCCAACAAAGGAGUCCCGCAUACCACCACCAAUCAUUGAAGCCAAAUUUGUACCCUCUACGGCAACUCCUGGUGGAAAAAUACCAGCAACUCUACGUUGGGAAACACCCGCAAGUGGAGAUGUCGAUUCUAUUCGUGGUUAUACCGUUGAGAGCUGGGAUAUUAAGCGUCGUACAUGGAAACCGGUUGCUCAUAUACCAAAGGAGGCCCCACGAGAGUUAACCUUUGAGCUUCCUCCAGCCUGUUCUACACCGCUAAUGCGCAUUACUUCAAUGGGUGAUGCGACUAGAUCAACUCCAUUCGAAGUGCCUCUUGAGCGAGCAAAGAGAAUAGAAAGGACGGGAGAAAUCCCAGGCGAUUGGAAACCUCUGCCUUCUGUUACCGGACCCAUUGGGCCAGAGUACAACGCUGAUGAAGAGCUCUCGAUGAUUCGCACCGGUGCUGCAACGCCCUUUGUCUCAGAAUUUAUUCUGCAAAGAAGGCAGGCUGCUCUAGAUAUGAUUCGUCGAUCUACUGCGACACCCAGAUCAGCAGGACUUGAUACAAUACCACUCGAAAGAUUCUUUGCUGAGACACCCUUGGUUGAAACGCUCGACUUGCCUCAAAGCUCAUCUACACCUCAUCCUCUAGACCGUCUUAGAGUAACAGAUAUUGGUAAGACAACAGCUACAGUUGAAUGGCCGGAAAUUGCCGAUCAGAGUGGUUUCACUGUUGAACGUUGGCGUCCUACCAGUGGUCGAUGGACUCGUUUGGCAGAAGUACCACCAAGUGAAACAAGGUACGUUGUACCUUUGUCCGAAAUUCCACGGACUGCACCCUCCGAUGAAGCGCCUAUUAAUGUUUGGGUCCGUGUUGUCCCACGUGAUGCUGAAGGACGGCCAUCAGCUCCUCCUUUUCAGUUGGAAAAACCGAUUACUCUACCUGGUGGGGAAUUUGUUCCAUCCUCUGUUUGGGGUGUUGAUAUAUCACCCGUUGGUGGUCUCUCAACACCUGGUCGACCCGUCGAUGUAUCGUGGCGCCCUCCAAGCUUUACUGGUGGAUUACCCCUUACCGGCUACAAACUCGUAAUAACUAAUGCAGACACAGAGGAACAAAAGUCUGUUUUUGUUGAACCUAAAACGACUACAUAUCGUCUGGAAGGACUGAAUCCGCAACACGAGUACAGAGUUUCAAUUACAGCAGUAAAUCGCAUUGGGGAAUCAAUGACUGUAACUUCAACCGUUCCUAAACCACCUACAAUCGAAGAUCAUCUUCGACGUCCACCAGCCCCAACGUCAGUAGAGUUAGUACCUGUCUCAGGUGGUUCUCCCGAAAGCAAAUCCGGCCUUCUUUCUUGGAGACCAGGUUCAAGGACUGGAGCAAGCCCAACUAAUUCCUAUGUCAUUGAAAAAUGGGAUUCUUGCAGUAAACAGUGGGUUCCUUUCAAAAAGGUUGGAAAAGAAGUGACUGAAAUCACCAUACCUUAUCUCUUGAAUGACGUAAUGUACGCUUUCCGGGUGCGCGCUCAAAACGAAGCUGGACUGAGUGAACCUGGUAUUGCAAAAGAAUACUUUAGCCCCGGAAAGCCACUUGAAGAACUUCUAUUCCCAGCUGAAAAAGCGCCUCCAGCACCACCUAGAGGACCACUGGCCUACGAGCCACUAACCUCAAAGCAACGCUUUGACCUUGCCACAGAAAAAGCAAUGAAGAUAAUGGAGUUCCACUGGGAGGAACCCAUUAUGACAGACCGAUUCUCAAUUCCAAGGUCGUACAUUCUUGAAGCAAGACGAGGUGGACAGCAGAAAUGGGCCAUGGUGGGUCGAAGACCUAUUCCAGAGGGUAGUCGGUGGAAAGUGGCAUUUGGGCCGUCUCCACCCACAAUGAUGCCAAUGCCAGAUAUUGACAUGAGUCUUCCUUCAUUACCAAUGCUACCUCCUGCUGAGCCAAGAAUCUCAUGGCUACCUGGAGAGCCGAAAGACUAUGAGUAUCGUUUGUCAUCAGAGAAUGAAUACGGAUUCAGUGAACCAAUUUACUUGAGGCCAUCUGUCAUUCCAGAUCUGUCUCGACUAUACUCGCCAAUAAAACCGUUCGUUAAGGAAUUGGUCAAACCUGCAGAAAUUGAACCACCUCGUGGACCGAUUUCAAUUGCUCGUCUGCCGUCCAGACCAAUGAGUCACCGAGGUCCUUUUGCUCCUGACCUGCAACUAGGCCCGAAACCUUUGCCCGACGUUCUGAUAUCUUGGAAGCCGCCGUUAUCCACUCAGAAUAUACGUGGUUAUGAAAUCACUUAUCGUGAACCGUUCCGCACCACAUGGACUCAUUUAGGGAUGGUUGAUGCUGAGAAUACCAGUUUCAGGAUUCCGAGGAUAGUGCUUAGGGAAUUGCCGGAAGCUAUUCAUCUUGGAAUUUCAUCUGUGGGUGACAGACACACUCGUACAACACCAUACUUGUCCCCACGACUUGAAGAUACAAUCUUAAUUCCUAAAUCGACUGAAGAAGAAAUUUCACCUCGUGAAGAGCUUGCUACGCCUAUCUCCUCUGCCUAUGUUAGCGCUCGAGUUAAAGACAGACCAUCUAUGGGAGUUACACCCUCAGGUGAAGUUGAAGUCUCUUGGACCUUCCCUGAAGCGAGGCGGCAACUCAAACGCCCCGAGGGAUACAUCGCCUUCUACCGAGAGCUUGGCAGUCAACAAUGGCAAGAAAUUGACCGCUUCCCUGUAGGACGUCCAAAAGAUACUGUUGUUUUGCGUGAAUUGCCUCGAGGUACCGCCAUGUUCAUUGGAGUCGCACCUCUCGUGUCAGGUCGAAUUGGGCAAAUCGUGAGUACACCUGAUACUGUGCGGCUUCCAGGUCGUGAGGCCAAAGAAACUCCCAAGCCUCUGUUUGAGCGAAAGCCCCUUCAAAUUAGACCGAUGUCUCCGGGAGGUAUUGAGGUUUCCUGGGCUCCUCCAGCUACGAUAAACGAUUUGCUUUCACUGAGCCCAGGAAAGGUGCCUAAGUAUGAACUUCAAGUGCGUCAUCCUGAAGAAAGACUAUGGCGCCCUAUUGGUCGGCCAGAGCUAAGUGAAUCCCUUAGAAGACCUUCGAUUGGUGAACAGCCUGUCGCAUUCCAUCUUCAUGAUCUGCAUCCGGGUGAUAGACUGGAACUGCGCCUACUUGCCUAUUCGGAUCUUGGGAAAAAACCCGUUCAAGUCAGUGCAGAACAGACGUACAAAUUCAUCUCACCUUACGAUAUUCCUUCAGCUCCUAGAGGUCCUCUAAUGGUUGAGCGAAGACCAGUUUUGCCAUCGAGACUUCCUACACUUUCACCACUAAGAAAGUCUGCUGGUGACUUCGAUGAACUUCUGUACCGGCUUUCAACAUUUCCUGGUGCUCCCGUCACACCUAAGUUCCAUGAGCGUCGCGAAACACCGACUGAUUUGGUGAAUCUGAGCUGGCGCCCUCCAGAUGACACUGGUGGUCUUCCUAUCACUCACUAUCUCAUUGAGCAGCGUUCAUAUGAUCAUCGUGGACUUCCAGCUCCAUGGGUUCCUGUCAUGACAGUUCCUGCUGGUCAAACAUCAGUACAGCUCCAGCCUGAUACUAGAAGAUUCAAAGCCGAGCCAUCACUUUAUCGUGUUCGUGCAGUCAACGUUGUGGGACCUGGCCUGCCACUAGAGGCUCUUGAACCAAUAACACUAACUACUCGUGACAAAUCCCUGGUGGUUGGUAAGGAAUCAAUCCAGCACUUACCAGAAGCACCACUGGGCCCUUUGAGAGCUGAAAUCCUUCCUGAUUCCAUGGUGUGUUUGAGUUGGGAAGCACCUCGUCGAUGGCUAGGUUAUUCCCCACGCCAGAGUGAGGGUGUUAGGACUCCAGUUUAUCCACAGAAAUACAUAAUUGAAGCAACUUUGGCAGAUGAUUCCACUAUGCCAUGGCUUGAGGUGGGAAAAGUUCCGGGUUCCGUCACCACUGCCACAGUUCGAAUGCCGUCUCUUAGUCUCUUCCGUCCCGGUAGUUCUGUCGAGACACCCUCAUCACGACCAAUUUUGUACCGUGUGAGGGCCGAAAAUGAGUACGGGUAUAGUGCUCCAUUGACAACGCGCGUAAGACCUGAUUUCAAAUUGCAAGCGUCACUGUCCAAACUUCCCAAGUUGCCGGAUGUUCCUGUUCGAGCAAGAAUACUGGAACCAUUGGAAGAGUACGAAGUGGGGGUUCCUCCCUCAAUUAAACUUGAAUGGGCUCCGUUCACACCACCUGCUUUAAUACCGGGAGCUUCAGAUCGAACUCCUUCAGUCGACUAUAGCUAUCAGGUUGAAUAUCGGCCCGCUGGUGACCUGGGUUGGAGGCAUCUGGCCACCUUGCCGCUCGGUCAUGAACGCUAUACUUUCUAUCCACCAGCGCCUUCAUUUCGUAAUCUUGAACAACCCAAAUCAGAAGCCUUCCAAUUUCGUGUCGGCGUCCGUGGGCCAAUCGGAGUCGGCGAAUUUCGAGAUUCAAACAUUGUCUCCUGGAAUUAUCGCAUUCGUACCCCUCGUUCAGUACCUUUCUCAAACCUAGAACCUAUUUUGACAUCUCGGGCUCCACUUGACUUUGAGUUAGUCCGCACUAAGGUCGAUACUCCAAGGGAGCCCUAUACGACACCUACCGGAAGUAUUUCACUGAAAUGGAGAGUGCCAUCAUACGACAGAAUAUCUGCCCCAGAAAGUUAUGUUGUGGAACGCUGGAUUCCUGAGACCGGUACUUGGCGAACUCUGAGCCACAAACUGGAGGGUUAUGGUCACGGAAUCUUCGAAACAACCGUACAUUCUCUUCCCAUAGAUGAACCACACUUUAUUCGUGUCUCUUCUGUCGGUCACAUGGGAACUAGCGAACCGGCUACUCUGCCUUAUCCCAUCUGGAUACCGGUCACAGCACCUACUACUAGAUCCGCGGCUCCGGAGCCACCAAGAAACUUAGAAGUUACGCCAAUUUUACGAGAUCGUCCUGGAUUCCUGUUGACGUGGACACCUCCUGAAGUUCCCGUCAGUAGACGAACUACCAAAAUUCCAACACUACCAUCCGGUUAUUUCGUUGAGUAUCGACCAGUCGGGGGCGAGUGGAAACUGCUAGCUGACUUGCCAGCAUGGCAGACUGAUUUGGAAACAACUAAAGUGGAAUUAGGCAAAUCCUACGAUUUCAGAGUAAUGUCGAAAGGACGGUUAGAGUCUGUACCAUUAACUCCAUCAGCUCGUCGUCCAAGUAGGUCAGUCUACCCUGAGACCUCCCCUGCCGCUAUGAGCAAGCCAGCCGUUUCUGGGCCUCAUACUCUGCCCAAGCAACUAGUUCCUCCACCAAGCAUCAGCGGCUUACUGGACGUGAUACCGACACGCGAAGGCAUGCAACUUUCUUGGGAACCGCCGCGAGAACUUCCUUCAGGUUAUGUAAUCGAACUGAGGUCUUUGGACGACCAACGUCACGUAUGGAGAACUGUCACCCGCAUCCCAUCGGUCGAUCGUGGACUUCCUAUAUCGAGUUUCCUCAUUCGCUAUUUGGAAGCUGAUAAAUCCUACCGAUUUCGGGUGAUUCCCUACCAAGAUGAGAUAUACGGUCGACCGGUUGAAAGUUUGGUUCCCUAUCGCGUACCUCUUGCUGAUGAACUCGGUUUCCACUUGACCCAACGUCCUAGAACUAUUCCACCUCCUUGUGGACCGGUAACCAUUGAGGAGCUUCCAAGUGGACUGUUCCGACUUGGUUGGCGUCCCCCUGCUGUUGAUCUUAGGAUGCCAACACCAGGCCCUAUCAUGUAUGUUGUUGAACAGCGCAUUCCAGGGCGUCGACAAUGGGUCGAAAUUGGUCGGACACCAAACCUUAGCUACACAAUUGAUUUAGACACAACCUCUCAAUUCCGUAUAAAGACUCUCGUCGGUGAACCGUCAAACAUUCUUCGUGGAGCCGAAUAUCUUGUUGGAAGUGACGAUGGUCCACAGUCGGAUUGGAUACGACUUGAAGAAAGAAUCCUUGAAACAACAAAAACUGAUAUGGUGAGACGUUUACCAAGAGACUCUACCGUCAAAGUAGAGCAAAUAGCCAUCCCUAAACGACUGUUUGCACGUCAUGUUGGUCCAUCCUCCGUUUUGCUUGAAUGGGAAUACCCAAAGUUGCCGGACCAUCCAACCGGCUACCUCUAUCUCGAACAGCGUCUUGUUCCUGACUCAAAGACUGACUUCGUUCAACCACUAUGGGAACCGAUUGCGCGUAUUCCAAUCUCGAGCCUAAAGACCAGCUAUGAAGUGUCUGACCUUUCACCGGGACAUUCAUACCUCUUCCGUCUUGUCGGUAAAUACGGUGGAAGUAGAGCGUCCUUAAAACAAAGUGAAAUUUCACUCCCUAAGCCUAUUAGAACACGUGGGGGCGACUUGAGAAGCACAAACCUGCCUAAAGACAUGGACUACCUCAUGAUUCCAAGAAGCUUUACAGCCACUUUCAAUCGGACCCCAUCAGGUGGACUUCGCUUUACCUGGCUCCCUCCAGAAAGCCUGGAAAGUCAAACAAGCAAGAUUCGUUACAGAAUCGAAGUGCGUUCAGUACAUGACCGUGCAAAUGCGUGGAGAUUGUUAGCAAAGGAUAUCAAAGGCACUGAAUACGCCUUGGAUGCAACGGAAUUUGAGAGAUCGCUUUUCCUUCAUCGUCCCGCUAAAGGUAUACCAAAAACUGAUUCCACAGACUGGCAUUUCCGAAUCAUUGCUACCGUCGAUGGAGUUGACAGCCACCCAAAGUUGCUGUCAAGUCCUCUUUCAAUAACAACGGAAAGUGAACGGAAGAAAUUGCGUUUCCUUAAUGUGGACAAGAAUUGUGACAUCAAAUGCGUUUUGGGUCAGACUUUGGUAAUCGUGUUUGAAGUUGAAGGUUCGCCGAAACCCUCAGUUUCAUGGUUCUUAAAUGGUGUUACAAUAUACCCUGAGAUUGAUUCCAACUACUUGGUCGUAUCGAAAUCCCCAGGCAUCUACGAGCUUCGCAUAAACAACAUAAAUUACAUCCAUGAGGGUAUCAUAACUUGCAAAGCUCGAAACUUUUAUGAAGAAAUUGAACAAUCAUGGCGGAUUCACAUUGAUGCUCCUAUACGAUUCAGUCGUACCGUAUUCCUGGCCGGCCAGAGUGACCAUCGUGUGACAAGUGGAGGAAAUUGGAACGUGCGCCUCCCAUUGGAUGUACCGUACCAUGUGACUGACAGAUCACAUUGGGUUCAUCGAACUUGGGUUGAGUGCAUCUGGAAGCCACGUAGUGCCUCUCCUGACAUCGUUCUCCCUGCAGAACGUCGCGCAGUCGUCAAGAUUUCGGAUUGCGGACGAUGGCUAAUACUCGAUCUACCAGGAGUGCGUGUUCAGGAUGAGGGGCUCUAUCGCGUUUGGAUAGAAAAUGAAGCGGGUCGCGACUACUUUGAUCUCAGACUCUACGUCGACGAUAAGCCGAGAGCCAAACUGCAGCCACCCAAUAUCUUCCCUCAAGGUCACUCCCACUUCCUUCUAAGCUGGCAACCACCAUCUUCCACAGACGAUACGAUUACCAGUACCGGCUAUCGAAUCGAGUACAUUUCCGAUAAACAGUUGGACGCCGAGGAAAAUUGGCAGCUCCUUGGAACCACUGGAAUCAAUCAGACUGAGGUGUUGAUCGGUCCUCAACUGAAAAUUGGUGAAAGAUACCGAUUCAGAGUUCGGCUACAAAAUUUGCUAGGCCUUGGUCCAGCAAGCGAACCUUCUCGAUUUAUUUGUGUGGAAACAACUGAGGAUGAGGCGGAAGACCGUACCAUAUCUCGUCGUCGCUAUUCACGGGAACCGAUUCGGUUCAGUAGCAGGAAGUUCGAGGAUCGAUAUGAGAUUAUUGAAGAGUUAGCUAAAAGUCGGCACGCGUAUCUCUACCGAAUUCGGGAUCGAGAGACGGGUGAAUACAGAAUUGCCAAGAUCAUGGAUUUGGGAGAUCUUUCAUACAUUCCUGUUAGUAGAUCUUACACUUCAUUGGCUGAUUUCCGUUCGUCAGUUUACACACCAUCUACACGCAUCCGCCACGAAGCUGAAGAGGACCGUCGUUUGCGUGCUGAAAGGGAACUCAAAUUGCUUGCUUCGACACAUCACAAAAACAUUGCUGAACUUCGCGACGUUUUUGUUGAUGCUCAGCGUUUGAUCUGGGUUAUUGGCGACAUGACGCCAGAAACUCUCUGGGAUCAGAUUAAGAACCGCAUUAGAAUGACCGAGUUCCGAGCUGCAUUAAUCAUGAAGCAAAUACUAAGUCUUAUGGAAAGCUUACACGACCGCAACGUGGCGUUCCUCGGUGGUGUGGAUCCAUCGGAUAUAUUCUUCACUGACAAGUUACGUCGAGAUAUUGUCCUUGGUGGGGUUUCGGAGUAUCACAAGUUGACUGAGGACAAACCCGUUCGAUUGACUUUCAGAUCGACUAUUUACGUUCCUCCAGAGCUGUAUUCUUCCGAUAGACUUUCAACAAACAUCCGUCCGCAGGCUGAAAUUUCAAGAGCCACAGACGUGUGGUCUGCGGGUGCCCUACUCUAUCAAAUGCUGACAGGAGACACUGAGCAUCGUCCGAGUGUUGAAGCACUUGAGAAGCUUAAUCUGUCGCCAGAGUUGCUCGAUUUCUCGCGUAAGCUUCUUCAUCCAGAUCCAACUCUUCGACCAACGAUCGCCGAGGCUCUGAGACAUCCAUGGAUUACGACUGAGCACAAGACGACAGAAGACAUUAUUUCCCAAAGCGCUCGUAGACUAGAAGAGGCAACCAGCAAUGCUUAUAAACGCCUUCUUCGAAAGAUUGACUGGAGUGAGGGGCUUGAUGAGGAAGAUAACGAUUUUGUUGAUGAAAUGGAACAUGAAAUUCGAAAAAGAAGAAGGCUUACCGAGUAUCGCAAACGCCGCCGCAUGAGUCUUGACGAGUAUGAUAAGGAAAGAGACUAUGAAGAUGAUGAGGGUAUUGCAAUGAACGUCUUCCUCCGUGGACGUGGUCGCGUUCCAAGGAUUGCCGUACCAAUGGCGAAUGCCGAUGCGUACGAGGGCAGCGAUACUGUAAUGAAGUGUGUUCUAGCACCACCUGCCGGAGAGCGACUGGAUCUCAAUGAUGUUACCGUCGAGUGGUCCGUGAAUGGAAAGGUCAUUGACCUAGAUCAUCCCAGCCUUCGCAUGACUGAAAAAUAUGCAGCCAAGUUUGAUCGCUCGACUGGAGAGGCCACGUUGCGAGUGAAAAAUCUAAGCGUCUAUGAUGCUGGUACCUAUGUGGCCACUUUCCGUGGACGUUUUGGCAUCACAUCUGAAUCGGCCAACCUCAAAAUUUAUCGUGAAACAGCACAGCGUCCGACAUCACGAGAAACAGACACAAGCAUGGCCAGUGAAAUUGGAGCGAAAAUCCUUCGACCUCUUGUUGAUCACACUGUGGUGGCUGGGGAAUCUCUCAAAUUCCGAAUUAGAGUUGGUGGUAUCCCUCGACCUAAAUGUACAUGGACGCGAAAUGGCUUAUCGUUGGACAAUGAUCCAACCUGUCGCAUCCAAGAGGAACUCGUUUCCACGUCAAUUAGUCGCUCAAAUGAAAUUAUUUGCACUUUUGAGAUUCGUAAUAUGAAGCUUUCUGAUGCUGGCAUUUAUUCCGUCAACGCUUACAACAAGAAUGGUUCGGAUAGUUGUUCUGCAUCAGUUACAGUGCUACCGGAGCGCACUUCAGGCUCUUCGGUCCCCAAAUUCAUUACUGGUCUCUCGAAUACUUCCACAGUUACGGGUGGCACCGCCACUCUGGAAGCUGAAGUGGAAGGCUUCCCUGAACCUCAGAUCCGCUGGUUCAAAGAUGGUCGUAUGGUUGUUGUUGGCGGUCAUAUUACCACUACAGCUACAGAGACUAACAGCAUGAAUCGCCUUACCUGUCGUCUUGUCAUCACAGGCUGUCAAUUGGAGGAUACCGGUGCCUAUGUUUGCGCGGCAACAAGCGCCUCCGGCACAGCUAUCUCUGAAGCCACUGUCAUCGUAAAAGGUGCAUUCAUGAGCUCGACAACAAGACGUGAUUCAGAAAGCAGGCUAUCAAUCACACGAUGUCAUCCCCCUGAAUUCGUCCAACGACUGAAAUCCCGUGUUGUGACCCUUGGAAACUCUGUGCGUCUGUCUGCUUCCAUCAUGGCAACUCCACCCGCUAGCAUAACCUGGGAAAAGGAUGACAUUCCAUUGAUCACAGAUUCUGCAAAUUCACCAUACCAAACAAAGAAUUUGAAUGGAAACGUGGAGCUGCGCAUUGAAAAGUGUACAGCAUCGGAGUUGGGCAAGUACACACUUAUUGCUUACAACAGUGCUGGUGAGGCACGCUGCUCAUGCCAGCUGGAGAAGGCUCGAGAGGAGGUCUUUAAGGUGCCUUGUUUUGUCCGUCAACUCGUGGACCGAUACCUCAUCUCUGGACAAAAAGCUAUCCUCGAGGUGAUUGCUGAAGGUCACCCCAUCCCUGAAUUCAAGUGGGAAAAGGAUGGUCUUGAUAUUCGACAGGAGUCCCAUCCUCGUUACAUCUUCUCUGCCUCAGCUACGUCCGGCAGAGCGACACUUACCAUUCCUGUUGUUGAGAGAGACGACGCCGGACUGUAUUCAUGCGUUGCCCAUAACCCUGUCGGUCGUGAUCGAUGCUCCUGCCUGAUUUACGUAGAUGGCGGUGGUGUUCAACAGAGAAAAUCAACAUCCUCUGCCUCAACAUCGAUCACUGAUACCGAUAAGCGACCACCACAGCCACCGAAAGUUCAGCCAGCUACCACUCCGGGUCAAAUCGAGGUGGUCACAAGUCUUCCUGCUGUCCUAGAAAUCAAUGAAGGUGACGAAUUGCGACUCUUCUGUAUUGUCAAAUCGGACGUCCAUCUUAUUCCAACCUGGACAAAGGCCGGUCGCACACUCGCUUUCGAUGGCCGCCGCAGAAUCACUCGUAACCUCAUGGGAGAGAUGUGUCUCACAAUCGAUCAAGCCAUGACCACCGACGCUGGGCGAUACACUCUCACAGUCGCACCAUCAGACGCGACUUUGGCCGAAACCAUGAAACCUGUCGUUCUUAACACGCGUGUUGAAGUCAACCCCAAAAUUCGCUCCCGUACAAGAAUAAGUAGUCAAAUGGAAACGCAGGAACGGUCACGCUCUACUCGUUCAUGGUCACGGCGCGAAAGUAGUUACACGUACUCCCGCAGUUCCAGAGAGAGAUCCUUCCUGCGAUGA